AUGGCUCGGUUGAAUGACUACGCGGCUCCGGCCGAGUCGAUUGAUGCCUUAAAGCGUCGAUUUGUGCGACAAAAUCGUGAGAUCGCGCGAGUGAACUCUCUGCAAUCUCUUCGCAUCCGCAGCCUAGAGUCCGAGGUUUCGCAUUUACUGUCGGAAAAUGUACUGCUUCGAAAACAAGUCAUCAACCUUACGCAAGAAACGGAGAGACUGGAAGCAGCAAAGUCGCUCCACCAUGGAAUCUACGACAUAAAAUCCAAAUUGGAUGCGAAGUUGGCGGAACUCAGCAGUUUGGCAACGGACUUGGGCUCUUUGCCCCGAAAAAUGGAUAAAAUGUGCGAUGAACAGUCUGAUCGGCCGAAAGUCGCAGAGCCAAGACCCAGAAAUGAAGACACUAUGGGAUAUGAUGAUGGAAGACUCCCCGCCAUCGUUGAGGAUAAAUACUAUCCACGACGGACCUUAGAGCCCCAAGAGCUUGAAAACAUGGUCCACGGGGACCACAGCAUUUUCGAUUCCCCACGAGAGCCCAGUUUACUGGAAGAUCACGAAGAUCAAGAUAUCCAAAGCUCAAGUCCCUCGCCACCAGAACCAACCUACAAUUCCAUAGUCGAUAGCAAUUCUCUAAGAGAGCCCGAUCCCGAGCCAGUACUCCCCCCAACCCUCGAGACCCGCAAGAAGAAAAAGAAGUCGACUUCGAUCGCCCCCUUCGAACCUGUCACUACAGCGACAGAGCAGGAUACGAGCCCGCACAACAACCCAGUAAAUCCUAAAACAUCGGGAUCCAAGCGAAAGUUCUGCCCCGAAGACGAUGAUCAAAUAUCCUCGACCAUUAACAUGGAAGACGAUGAGUUCCAAUUCAGCCGACCUACUCAUAGCCCCAAAAAGCAGAUGAAUCCAUUAGACUUUACCCGAAGAGAGCAGUCACCCGUCAAAAGUCACUCUGAGUCGCCUGUCAAGACAAAUAUUGAAAUGACAAGAGGAUCGACAAGCCUUGGACCUCCUAAGCGGAAAGUCCUUGAACCAAAAAGUUCUAAUUCCAACUUGUCGUCCCCAAAAAAGGCUCGCGCGGUUAUGAGCUAUGACUCCAAGGUUCUACAAAACCCCAUUAGGGGUGACGAGAACACAACCUCGCCAAAGAAGACCAAGGAGGUCGAGAAACUCGGCGGGAAAACUUUGAAUCAGAGACCGCGUGUUUCCAAGAUUGUUUCAUCGAAGAAGGAAAAACGCACCAGUCGCCCUUCCGAGCAGGAAGAACCUGCAUCAAGGCCCCCAGCAUUGUCACCUCACCCAAAUGCCUUGAAGGUGGAGACAGAGUCCGACCUGUCCUCCGGAAUUCGGCCUUCACGACGUCGUGGCGCUGUUGUCAGUUAUGCAGAGCCUAACCUACGAGACAAGAUGCGUCGUCCAACCAAAGAAAUGAUCGAUGCCGUUGCUUUUGGAUCGCGAAGGUCGUCAAGUUUCCAACCUGGUCGAGACAGUUUAACCGAUGAAGACAUUCAGCUCACUGGGAGUCUCUCCGGAACUUCUGUUUCGGCCGAGCAGAAUCCAGAUCUUUUCUCCCAGGAUGGGUCCUCUGAACAACUCAUGGCAAUGGUGUCUCGGCGAAAGCGCAAGGUAUCAUCGGCUCCAAAAGACGAUGCUGGGUCUUGGAGUCCAAAUCAUGGUCUACAGAAGGAUAUUGAGAACAGCAUUGCCGACAUCUCUGCCCAGGUAUCUCAGGACACAUCGAGUUCGAGGCGACAGCCACGGCGACACUCAUCAAACCCCAAGAGUACGAGUGCAAGCAAACCAAAGUACGAUCUCGACCCAGCAGAACCACUUUCUCCCAGUGGAACGUCCUUUGGGCAAUCCGGAGACUCUCCGGAAGACGAGGACUUAUUCGGAGUAGGACCAACAAGCUCAACGGGGCGUAGCCAGCGAGUCGCGGCACGAAGAAGAAGUAUGAUGGUAUAG